AUGUGGUUUCGUUGUGCUUCUCAUGGCCCGUUUGGUUUGUUUCUGUGUGGGGAAACUGGGAGGUGAACAGUCGUCUGGUGACGCCCUAUAAAACGGGCGAGUCCUGCUCUCUCUGCACCUCGUCUAUGUCUGGCUGUUUCAGACUUUGGGAUCAUGAAGGUGGACUGUGUGAGAUUCCAAAGAACCCGUGUCGCAUGAGCUGUGGUCAGCACGGGCAGCUGAAUGUUCCAGCCUGCAAAUGCAAGUGUGACCCGGGCUUUACUGGACGUUUCUGUCAGGUUAGAUGCAGUACGCAGUGUGUUCACGGUCAUUUCAAACAAGAAGUAUGUUCCUGUGUGUGUGACGUUGGCUACGGUGGUGCUGAGUGUGCAGAAAAGGUGCAGUUUCCACUUCAUACCUGUGAUGUGACAAUAGAUGGAACCUGCUUCAUGGUCUCAUCAAAUUCUGAUUCGUACUACGGAGCCAAGAGUCGCUGUCAGGAACUUGGGGGAGUUUUAGCUCAAAUCCACAACCAGAAAGUUCAAGACAUCCUGACGUUUUAUCUGAGUGAGCUGGAGGCGAGCAAUGAAGUCACCGACUCUGAAACAAGAAACUUCUGGAUCGGUUUGACAUAUAAGAUUCCAAAAGAGUCAUUUCGCUGGGACACAGGAGAGAUCMUUCGAUACAGCAGCUUUGCCUUUGGGCAACCUGACAACCAAGGUUUUGGAAACUGUGUAGAGCUGCAGGCGAUAAACGCUUUCAACUGGAAUGACCAGCGCUGCAAAACACAGAACCGAUUCAUUUGCCAGCAUGCUGCAGAGCACAUCGCACAGUGGGAGGAAAGCAGGUGACCUGGAUUUCUCAAAGGGCUGAAAUAGGUGUGCUGUACUCAGUGAUUCAGAUCACYAACGUUGGUGUACAGUUUGCCAAUUGUUAAUUUAUUAUUAGUAACAACUUUAUUUUAAACGGACAGACACAAAAUGCACAUGAAACAUCUCUUUGAGUUUUUUUAAUUUUUAGUAAAUGUUAAUUUUGUCCCAAAAGGYUUUAAAAACAUAAAAUAAAGAGAAUUUUACAGAAAUGUUUUGUGUUGAUGUAGAUAUAUUGGCUGUGCAUGGUUUAUCAAUAAACUUAUUAAUAUUA